AUGCUAUCAAAAGGUGGUCAAAUUUUGAGAUAUAAUGGUGGCACAUGUUAUGCCAUGUGUUAGGAUGUCUUCUCAUGGUACAACCCAUCAAUCCAAAUUUGUUGGAAGGGAUGUGAUUAUGCUACUGGGAGAGUGAAUGAUCCAGUUUUGAGAUAGGAAGCAGAAGAUAUGUGCAAAAGAUAUACAGCAGAAGCCAUGUGGACCAAAAAGGGAGAAUUGGACAACAUUGAAGAUUUAAGAAUACAUGCUGACAUGUUCCCAGAAAACCCUAGGAAUAUUUAUAGAGCAUGCUUGGCAGGUGUUCGUAGAUAAAAAUAUUGAAAUAUUAAAAUAUAUAAAUAAACAUAUAUAAAACAGUAUUACUUAUAUAU